GCCAGCGGGCGGCGGGGGCGCUCUCUCUCCUCGGCCGCCUCUCGCUUUAAAGAGACCCGCGACCCAGCUUAGGAGAGCUUGCAACUCUGCCGCGCGCUCUCCGCCAGCCGGUCGAGCGGUGCUCGGGGAAGGGGCCGCGCGCCUGCCAGCCCGCCCGCGGGGUCCAGGCAUCCGCUCGAGCGCGCAGCAUCCCCCGCCGGGGCGGCCGGUCCUUCUCCAGCGCCGACCCGUCCGUUUUCCGUCUUGUGGGCGGAGGGGAGGGACCAUGCCCAAAAAGAAGCCCAUGCCCAUCCAGCUGAACCCCACGCCGGACGGCUCCGCCAUCAACGGGACCAGCUCUGCCGAGACGAAUUUAGAAGCCCUGCAGAAGAAGUUGGAAGAGUUAGAGUUGGACGAACAGCAGCGGAAACGUCUUGAGGCCUUCCUCACUCAGAAGCAAAAAGUUGGAGAGCUGAAGGACGACGACUUUGAGAAGAUCAGUGAACUGGGCGCAGGGAAUGGCGGGGUGGUCUUCAAAGUGUCUCACAAGCCUUCUGGUCUCAUCAUGGCCAGGAAGUUAAUUCACCUGGAGAUCAAGCCAGCGAUUCGAAACCAGAUCAUCCGUGAACUGCAAGUCUUGCACGAAUGCAAUUCGCCCUACAUAGUGGGCUUUUAUGGAGCGUUUUACAGCGAUGGAGAGAUCAGCAUCUGUAUGGAGCACAUGGAUGGUGGCUCCUUGGAUCAAGUCCUGAAAAAAGCUGGCAGAAUCCCCGAACAGGUCCUGGGCAAAGUUAGCAUUGCUGUAAUAAAAGGUCUCACAUAUCUGAGAGAGAAACAUAAGAUAAUGCAUAGAGACGUUAAGCCGUCCAACAUUUUGGUAAACUCCCGAGGGGAGAUCAAGCUUUGUGAUUUCGGUGUCAGUGGGCAACUGAUCGAUUCGAUGGCAAACUCCUUUGUGGGCACCAGAUCAUACAUGUCUCCCGAAAGACUACAAGGGACUCACUAUUCAGUACAGUCGGAUAUCUGGAGCAUGGGGCUCUCACUGGUGGAAAUGGCCAUCGGCAGGUACCCAAUUCCUCCGCCCGACUCGAAGGAACUGGAGCUCAUGUUUGGCUGCCCUAUCGGGGGCGACUCUCCUGUCUCGGAGACAUCACCCAGGCAGAGGACACCGGGCCGGCCAAUGAGUGCCUACAGCUCCGACAGCAGACCACCAAUGGCCAUCUUCGAACUCCUAGACUACAUUGUCAAUGAGCCGCCUCCAAAGCUUCCCAGUGGAGUCUUCAGUCCGGAAUUCCAGGAUUUUGUGAACAAAUGCUUGAUCAAAAACCCAGCGGAGAGAGCGGAUCUAAAACAGCUCAUGGUCCACACGUUUAUUAAGAGAUCAGAGGCAGAAGAAGUGGACUUUGCAGGCUGGCUGUGUUCCACCAUUGGCCUGAACCAGCCGAGUACCCCGACCCACGUUGGCUGAGUUUCUUCAGCCUCAGGUUCUAUCGGGAGGAACCCACCGAGUGCUGCUCUGCACCCUUCAUUCCACACAGGACUGGAUGGGGACCCGUCGAAACGAAUGGGAGCAAUGCUUGGCAAUCUUUUUCAUCCCCCCCCCCCACUUGUCCAAACAAUGCUGUUUUGAUCCCGUUUCGCAAAGCUAAUAACGCGUGUGCUCCCCUCCCUUCACUCCCCCCCACCCCAACCGAUGAAUGAUCUCUCUACAGCGCAUGUGCCAAAUUCUUUUCCAACUCAACCUCUUUCUCUUUGUGGGUCUGAAUCAACAGCUGUUUGGUUUAUCGCCUCUUGUUAACUGCCCAGACAUGUGAUGCUUUAAAAGUUAGCAAGACGCAGGUUUGGAGCGGAGGUCGGCUAUCCGUUCCAAGUUGGAGAGAUUCUACCAGAGUCCCUGCCGGGGUGUGUUGAUUUUGAGCCUUUCGUAACUUGGUGGUACUUUCCACACCUGCUUUGCCACUUUUCCCGUGCAAAACGGUCUGGCCUCUCCUUUCGCUUCGGUCCUUGCCUCUCCCAGCCUGAGGCUUCAGUUUGCUCAAAGAGCUCUUACUGGGUAUAAGCAGGGCCUGCCCCCUUUCCCCUCGCCCCAAGGCGUUGGCAUUAUUUUUCCUAUUUAUUUCUAAAUGUCUUGUUGGAUGUUUCCGGAUUGCUUAGUGAUGUACAUCUCUCUUCUGAUUAAUUUGGUGUUUUGUGUUUUGAGACUGGGUCGCGGGAGAAACGGCCCCUGACAGAAUCCAAGAUUAAGACGCGCAUCAGAGUGGCUUUCCUUCGCGCUGAGAAUCAACGACUGUGCACACUUUUGUGUUUUGAAAAUCCUUUUGAUCAUUUUAUUCUUUCAGAUGUUGAACAUUUUCAUCUUACACUAAUAAAUAUAUUAUGAGGUUA